GUCAACGACACCACGCCCUCCCUUUUUAAAUUCAGUUGAUCGUUGAGAGUUGAGACUCUCCAUCUUCAUCUCCCCUGCGUCUUGCUUCCCUAACACGCCAUUUUUCUUCUUCUCUUCUCUCUCUCUCUCUCUCUCUCUCACCGACCAGCAGAGGUUGAACUCUUUAAAGGGUUUCCCUUUUCAUUUCAAGAAAUGCAUUCCUUUUGUCUCACUUCUCAACUACCCUGCGGAAAGGCUGAAAACCUCAAAACCCCACCGUCCUACUCUUAAGAUUCUCUCUCUUUCCCUCUUCUCAAUCAGACCCAUUUUCUGUUUGUUCGUAAAUUAGCAUCUCUCUAUCUCUGAUCGUUUCUUCGAUAAAUCUUCGACUGAUUCCGUCCAUUAAAGGGGAUUUGAUUUCUUCGUUCAGCUAUGAACUUGAUCAAAAUUUUCCUUGCCUUCUCUCUGUUUUCCGUAGCCUUUUCCCUCGAAAACUUCAACUCUCAUCUCCUACCGAGGCCUUUGAUCCUCGAAUACGCCGAGACUGUCCGAGCUGAUUCGGAAGAAUUUGAAAAGGAAGUCCAUUUGCAGUGUACCAGUUGGAGAUUUGCUGCCGAGACCAAUAAUCUGAGCCCGUGGAAGACGAUUCCUCCAGAAUGCGCAGACUAUGUAAAAGAUUACAUGACAACUAGGGCUUACAGUAUCGAUCUCGAGAGGGUCUCGAAGGAGGCUGCAGUUUACGCGAGAAGCGUGGAGUUGGGUGGGGAUGGAAAAGAUGUUUGGGUGUUUGAUGUCGACGAGACUUUGCUUUCCAAUCUCCCGUACUACGCAAGUCAUGGUUUUGGUUUGGAGGUUUUUGAUGGGGUGGAGUUUGAUAAAUGGGCGGAGAAGGCCAUGGCACCCGCAAUACAGGCAAGCUUAAGACUUUAUGAAGAGGUUUCAAGUUUGGGGUUUAAAGCUAUCUUGUUGACCGGGCGCCAUGAACAGCAAAGGGAGGCAACUGUUGAGAACUUGAUGAAAGCAGGAUUCCGGAAUUGGGACAAGCUUAUAUUGAGAGCCUCCGGCGACGUCGAGAAACAAGCAACAAUCUACAAGUCUGAGAAGAGGAGUGAGAUGGUGGAAGAGGGCUACAGGAUUCUCGGGAACUCCGGUGACCAGUGGAGCGAUUUGUUGGGUUCGCCGGUGUCCGUUCGCUCCUUCAAGCUGCCAAAUCCCAUGUAUUAUAUUCCAUAAUCAAGCACAAUUCAAUUGCUGCAAAUCAUUUGUAAAAUAGAUUCUCAUUCUCAUAAAGUCGACAGUUGAAAUCCCAUGUCCAAUGGGCUUUUACUCCUUCCUUUCUAUUAUUUACCUUGUAAGUUCACAUAGAAUUGAACCUUAAAAUAUUGUUUCCUCCAUUGACACCUAA